CAACCAAAGCCAACUGCCAACUGGUUAUCGCCAGGUUCUUGUGCAUAAUCGCAUCGAAUGGGUGAACAUUGUUGUCAACCGCGGAGGGAAGACUUAAACUUUUGAUGAGAAAACGAAGCAAUCAGCUGGGUAAAAACAAAUUUAAGUGAUGGCUCCAAAAAACAAAGAAAGCUCAGGAAAUGCGUCGAAAAAAUCAAAGCGCGUAAUUUCAGAAGAAGAUGAUGAUGAGGACUACAGGCGACGACGAGAUCGAAACAAUCAGGCGGUGAAACGCUCCAGGGUAAAGAGUAAAUUGAAAACACAGCAGACUUUGGAACGAGUGAACCAGUUGAAGACAGAGAACGAAUUGUUGGAAGAGAAGAUUAAAAUGCUCACUAAGGAGCUUGGAUUUUUAAAGGACUUGUUCUUGGCACAUGCAGGUUCUAGUCAGCACACGAUCAACAUCCAGGACUUGGAUUUAAGCACUUUGCUCGCGGAUGACCCUAGGUCUUCCGAUGAUGCAAAGACUGCUACAAAGCUAUAGGAUUGUACAUACCCAUUGAAUGAAAAUUACAUGGCGACAUCAAACCAUUGGGAGUACAGCCGUUCUCUCAGUACUAUGCAAUGACAGCAACAAGGAGGACUACGAUGGCCAUUGAAAAAAGUUGGACUGUUGGUUCAUCCUCUGUUGCUGCUAUCGUUCCAAAAGAACUUUUUCAUUGUUCAUACCUAUGAUUUCUCAUAAUCCUGGAAGAGCGGUAUCAGAAAAUCUCGAUGUUCGCUGUUCUCCAAACUCAAGAUUACGUCGAUAACAAGCACGGAUUUUCUUGUGGAUUUUUUGGUCGAACACGCCUGAAAAUAGAAUCGACUUGUGGGAAAAAACCGUCAAAUGGCGGAGUGCUAGUUGAAUCUCUAGGACGUAUGGAAAAAGAGUUUGUUCGGACUCUGGUAUGAAUGUUACAUCGCCUAUAAAUGAAUAUUCAAAUCAAAAUUUGCAAAGCGGAGUGCAACAUGAAUUGCAGCUCCGUUACCUUAAGAAUGUUGAAUCGAAAUCACAAAUCAAUAUGCAGGGUUAUUAUUAUGUGACAGAGCCCCUGCAUACGGUACGAUCAAGAAGACCGGGAAUGACAUAAAUAUCUGUAUUUGAAUAUACAGUACUCAUAUAUUCAACAUAGAUAGGUAUUUUACUUGGAAAUUUAUAUACAUGCAUACAGGUUACCUAUCACAACAUCAAAUAUGUAUAUAUGUUCCAACAAAAUCUCAAUGUGAUGGUCAAAUUACACGGAGCAGAAGUCAAUACCAGAAGUUACAAUCACAGGUGGAAAUGGAAAAAAGAAGCUAAAACACGAUACAUCUAGGUAAAUAUUACACAUUACCUAAUAUACUUAUGUUACGAUUUGAGAGUAUUUUUGCACAAAAAGGACUCUUAUGUUGAUAAAAUUGGCUUCUACGAAUCGUCUUUUUUAAUACAUAACUCUUUCCAUGGUGCGUGCUACAGGUAAAUGAAUGAAAAAUAUCUCAUUUAUCUUUGAAAAUGUAUACCUAUGUUAGAAUAUGGCUCUCAUUUUUGAUAAUCUGAUGAAACUUCUCUUGAUUAUUUUUUCGAUACCAGUACAGUCUCUCUCAGCACUAUAAGUGUAAUUGUACCAAUAAUUGCAGUGAUAUCGAUAUUGGUAUACAUAUGUAUACACAGGUAAACGAAGAAGUGCACAUACUUAUAUUUGUAUAUUUAAUUUUUAUACGGUGAACUAUUCAUAGAUAUAUUUAUACUUGUUAUAUAUUUAUGUAAAUAAUAUGGUUUUUCUCAAUAUAAGAAAAUAAAAACAUCGCUUACUUAUU